CCUGUCACAUUAGUAACGACUAGAAAUCAAGACGUUUGGACGUGACGAAUAAUGCGAUUCCAGUCUAUGGGUGUAGGAUGAGGAACUGGGCGAUAUUUACAGCAUUUGUUGUUUGUUUCAUUGCAAAAGGAAAUUGUACAUGUACCUUCCCGUUUACCGGUACCUGGCACAGCAGUAACUAUGGUAGCAUGGUAUUUUCCGGCGCCAGUCUAUAUCUUUCCGGUUUCACAUUUGACCGAACGUCCAUUGUCGGCAGUGGAUGGGACUGUUUCUCUAAUACGGGUACAACUUACGUAGCCAAAACCAACAUCACGAUUACGUUGAAUAAUGGUGGAACAGCUUACCACGGUUACACUUGUUUUGUAUUUACGUCGGUGAAUACAUAUUCUUACUAUUACUACCAAAAUACUCCUGUGGAAAGUUUGCUGAAGAAUGAGAGAAUUGUAGCAUACACACCAGGGGCAACUGUCACUGAGAGUGACGUCUGCAGCGGCACGCCAUCAGCAGCAGAGUAUAACGUAAUGGUGCAAAGCGGACAAGAGGCGAACGCCAAAACCGACGUUGGUGAAUUGAUGUUUGCCAACUUUCAUUACAAAUACAACGACGGUGUCUCGGACAAGUGUGGAACAGGUGUCAGCCAGAGCAUGCUCACCAUCUGUCCAGACAGGCAGACCUUCACCUUUAAUUACACCGUCUGCAGUGACGUCAUGAUGUAUUCCAGUGGAGGAGUGCUAGGAUCCGUGACGACUAUAAUGUCAGGGACCACAUACUACACCACCGUGUACAAUUAUGACAGCACAGUUGAUGAUGUCAACACUUACAGAUUUACCUGUAUUGCAGCAGCCACCUCCGGGACGGACGUAAGUGCUACCAUCAACCCUAAGUCAUGUAUAGCCAAUCAGAGUCCGACAUCGAGACCAAACAGUGGUGGAAUAUUUACCUUAGUGACAAACACUACAUGUGUCCUGACCGCAACAGUCGAUAAUGUCGACGUUGCAGGAAUCAUCGGAGGAAUCGUCGGAGGUGUCCUUUUCAUCGUCAUCGUCGUUAUCAUUAUCUUUCUGUGCAUACGUCACCACAAGAAAAAGCGGGCGAAGCAGAAGGUCAUCGAUCGACGCAUGAGAGUGUGGAAAAUCAGAAGCACUGAAGACGAUUUCUACGCUGAUGAUGUUCCUUUAAAUGAAACCUCAAUGAAACUGGACUGCAACCAAUCCAUAUACCCUGAACCGUCUGUGAUAAAAUCCAACUCAAGAAUGACAAAGAUCCUGCAGAAGAAGCAAAAGGUUUCAGAAUCAAAUUCCUAUGUGACUGAAGAUGAAUAUUUGGAAGAGGAGUUGAAGAACCCAAUGGGCGAAAAAUCCUUCCAAGUGGAGACGCACAGAAACAAAGACAAAGUUCCAAAAAUCUUACCCUUUCCAAGGCCACGCACUGAACACAUGCCAUGGAGAACGGCAAAACGUGCUGAAAAGAAGGGAUACUCGUUUGAAAGAGGUUAUCCAUCCAUGUCCAAGUUUGGUUCAACAACUUCUAGAAGCUAUACAACACUAGAUACUAUGCCAAGCGAUGCUUCCUCUGGAUUUGCAUCCAUGUAUACCAAAGACAGCAUGCACUCCAGAUCAGCCAUGAAUCUCAGUAGAAGUUUGACCACUGCAGGUAUUCAUUAUAAGUCAGACUCCAACAUUUAUGCUAAAACUAAUGCUCUCACAGAGAGGAGUAUGGCCAGAGAAUUGACGGCAAUAAAAGAGGUAUCUCGCAAAGAAACGCCAAAUUACAUGAAACCAACUAGAUCGAAAACUGCCAUGUCGAUCAACAAGGAGCGAGCUAAAUCUCAAUAUAGUGUAUUCAGAAAUGAUGGUGCAAAAUCUAGAGUGCGUGAAAAUGAAUCUCGAAGGACUCGACGGAAAGACGCAGAAUCGCGCAUGACAAAAGUAAGUCACAAGACACUUUCGCCGAAAGAACGAGUGUUGGCGCGAGCGAAGUCGAAAAUGGUUAUAAGAGAAAAAACCAAAACAUGGAGAAUAACUGAAAAGCACAUGCCAAACCCGAAACCUACCGAUGAGAAGUCGUUCGUCGAAUCUCUCAGGGACAAUACUCCCCCAGUCACAAAGAAAAAGAAAAAGCCGAGGAAAGUGAUAGUGAAGAAAAUAAAAACACCCUAUGGUGUUGUUCAUGUAGACGCUUCUCAGAAGAGGACAGUUUCUAUGAUGUCACUAAACCAACUAGCAGGACUUGUGAAAAAACGGAAAACGCCAUCUCGCUCGCAAGUAGAUAUUGUGUAUAAAGAAAGAGACAGGGAAACCACUGUUGUGAAAGACACCUUGAAAGGAAAUGAUGAAGGUAGCGAAACUAGUGCCCAGAAGGGAGGGAGAGAAUUCAUGGAGUCCGAGUUUACGUGGAUGGCCACCGAACCAAAGACAGAGGAACCCGGUAAAGUCGCAUCUGCAACCAACACCGAUACGGACAAAGUGGACGUAAAAUCGGCAAGAGUGGGAUCUGAAGACUCUGGAUUCUCCGACAAUUCGCCACCAGUUCAUCAAAACCACCAGCCGGACGAACUGGAGCUAAUCAACAUCCUUCCUCCCACUAGACCGCCCAAGUUCUUCAAGAAUAUCGCGGACCGGGCAAGGACAGCCAAAUCCAGAAAAGCCUUGUGGAAAUGAAGAAUAAUUAAUUAGCUAUCAAAUUAGGGUUGUAGGAUUUUUGUUGUUGUUUGCUUGUUUUAAAAGAAUGAAGAUUGUUACGUUUUAUGUUGUUAUUCCUAGGAUAAAAUGAACAGAUGAAAUCCGCGUCCUCUAGUCAGACAAUGAGAGGGUUUCUCUUACUAAUGUCGGAUCGCUGCAUACAUGCAUGUUCCAUGUCCGUUGUUAAGUGAAAUAAAAUCAUUUUACACCUUU